GAUCCGUCCCCUCCCCCCACUUCUCCGCGGCUCCGCCCUCCCCGCGCAGACUCCUCCCGCCUCCGGGCGGGGUCCUCCCGGCUCCUUUCAUUCCCGGCCCGGACGGCGCUCCUUUCUGACCUCUGCGGGGCUGGCUCCUAGUGGCAGACUGACCGCGGUAGCGCGGAGCUGAGGGAGCCAGAGAAGAGGAAGAGGAGGAGGAGCAGGACCACGACCGAGGGGGUUGCUCCGGACCUGGGCUCGCCAAGCCAAAGCCUGCGCUCCAUUUUGCAGCGGGCGCCCGGCCCGACUUCCCCGCUGGGGCAUCGGUUGCAGCGUCCUACUCCCCGCCCCGCGCCAGCCGAGGCUACAAGCCCGGACACCGCCCGCGCCUCUGGCUGGAGCCGGAGCCGGAGCCUGAGCCGGAGCCAGAGCGCACCACCCGCCCGCUCCCCCAGCCCUGGGUCCUGGAUCCCGGGCGCGGCUUGCCAGCCCAGUGCCCGGGACACGGGACGUCGCCGUGCGCCCCUGCCAUAAGGCUGCUCUUCUCCCACCCCGGGCACCCGAGCCCCGACUCUACCCGACCUCCGAUACGCACCCACUGCCCCUCGCCCCGUUUACCGGAGCCUGGGCGCUGCCAGUCUCUGCCCACGUGCGAGCGACCCAGGAAGCUGUGAGAUCCCGGGCGCAGCUUGCGCCUCCAGCCGGAUGCCCGCCGGCCGCCUGGACGCGGUCGCCUGGGUCUGAACUUGGCGGGACCCCUCCGAACCCUCGUUCCCGGACCCGCCGCUUGGGUUCGAACUUGGCCGGACCCCUGCCACCUCCUUGCUCCCGGCGCAUUAGGACCCUGACACCGCUAGCACUCUCGGCCCCCUUAAUUUGGCAUUUCGGCUAGCUGGAAGCCGAGUGUCCUGUCCCAGGGCACCAUCCUCUCCCGUAGCCAGCGUCCUUGGUCCGGCUCCCCGAGGGCACAGUGGUUGCAGCGGGUUCUGCCUCCCGUCCUCGCCCUCUGGGAGUCUACUCUAUAUGUGCCGGGGCGGCUGCAGGCGGGCCAGGCCCUCGCCCUCGGGAGAGGAGAAGAGCCGAGGCCGACUGGGCUGGUGAUCCCCGCCCCAGACGGAGGCGCCUUGGGCUUGGGUAAGGUGAGCCCUCCGCACCGAGCCCUACGAGAGUACGGGACAAAGCAGGAAACACCCCGGGAAGAAGAUUCACAUCCACAGGAGCAGGUGGGGAUGCAGGAGUCACUGGUGUCCACACAACAGAGCAGUAGGAAGUAAAUGGAGACGGGCCCCCGAGGGCCAGGCAUCUGUGAGAAGAGAGGAGCCUUCUCACCCAGGUGUUGCCUGUGAGGUGGCUGAGGGCCGUGGAGAGGAGGUGCCCGUGGGCAGUGGGACUUUGGACAACAGCUGGGACAGGCCUUCCUCCAGGACGAACCGAGGCUGGAUGGGGCUCUGAGGACGAGUCCCCGGGGCUGCGGGCAAGAGGAUGGUGAGACACCAGCCCUUACAGUACUACGAGCCCCAGCUCUGCCUGUCAUGCCUCACCGGGAUCUACGGUUGCCGAUGGAAACGGUACCAGCGGUCACAUGAUGACACCACUCCAUGGGAACGUCUCUGGUUCCUGAUUCUCAUCUUCACCUUCUUCCUCACCCUGACCUGGUUCUAUUUUUGGUGGGAAGUUGACAAUGACUACAAUGAAUUCAACUGGUUUCUCUAUAACCGGAUGGGAUACUGGAGUGACUGGUCCAUUCCUAUCCUUCUGACCACUGCCACUGGCUUCACAUACAUCACAGGAUUGUUGAUCCUGGCCCUCUGUCACAUCGCAGUGGGACAGCAGAUGCACCUACACUGGCUUCACAAGGUGGCGCUGACCGUGGCCUUGAUUGCAACCCUCGUAGCAGUUUCCUCUGUGGCCCAGCUCUGGGACGAUGAGUGGGCUGUGCUGCUAAUCUCAUUGCAAGGCACAGCCCCAUUCCUGCACGUCGGGGCCCUGAUAGCUGUGACCGCUCUCUCUUGGAUUGUGGCAGGCCAGUUUGCGAGAGCUGAGAAAGUCUCCUCACAGAUGGUCAUCUUCACUGCCUACUUCGCAGUGGUGUUUGUGCUCUACCUGAUCCCCCUCACCAUCUCCUCCCCCUGCAUCAUGGAGAAGAAAGACCUGGGCCCCAAGCCAGCCAUCAUCGGCCACCGAGGAGCACCCAUGCUGGCUCCAGAACAUACAUUGAUGUCCUUCCAGAAGGCUAGGGAGCAGAAGCUCUAUGGGGUCCAAGCUGAUGUGACCAUCAGCCUGGAUGGCGUUCCAUUCCUCAUGCAUGAUGCUACCCUGCGCCGUACAACCAACGUGGAUGAAGCCCUCCCGGAGCUGUCCCGUCGGCCUGCCUCUAUGUUCAACUGGACUGACCUGAAACAACUCAACGCAGGAGAAUGGUUCCUCAAGACGGACCCCUUCUGGACUGUGAACUCACUGUCAGCCUCCGACUACAGGGAAGCACAGAACCAAUCCAUCUGCAAAUUGACUGACCUCUUGGAGCUGGCCAAAGGGAACAUGACUCUGCUACUCAACCUUUGGGACCCACCCCAUGACCACCCCUACAGGAGCACCUUCUUCAACAUCACCCUGGAUGCCAUCCUCCACUCUGGCCACCCACAACACCUGGUUAUGUGGCUGCCCAGCAGACAAAGGCCAUUGGUACAGAAAGUAGCCCCGGGCUUCCAGCAGACCUCAGACGUCAAAGAGCCAGUUGCUAGUCUGCGACGUGGGCACAUUCAGAAACUGAACUUACGCUACACUCAGGUCUCCAGCCAGGACAUCAGGGACUGCUCUGCAUGGAACCUGAGUGUGAACCUCUACACAGUCAAUGAGCCGUGGCUCUUCUCCCUUCUGUGGUGCUCAGGUGUCCAGUCCGUCACAUCUGACAACUCUCACACCCUGUCCAAGGUGCCUUCCCCUGUCUGGAUCAUGGCCCCGGACGAAUACUGUCUCAUCUGGAUCACAGCUGACCUCGUCUCCUUCACACUCAUCGUGGGCAUUUUCGUAUUUCAGAACUAUCACUUAAUCAGGUGGCGAUUAGGCAGCAUCAGGACCUACAACCCAGAACAGAUCAUGCUCAGUGCAGCUGUACGUAGGACCAGCCGCGAUGUCAAGAUCAUGAAAGAGAAGUUGAUCUUUUCAGAAAUCAGCGAUGGUGUAGAGAACACGGAUGAUCUCUCCAUGUGUUCCGAGAAUGGCUUUUCCAAUGAUGUCCUCACCCCUGUGGAGCCCAAGACACGCCCUGGCAGAGGAGGACGCUGAAAGAUCCAGUACCCCCAGCCCAUUCCUACCCUUCCAGCCAAGCAUGGGAAGGGCCACUGGGCCCCAUGGCCUGGCCUGUAAAUAUGUAGAAAGCCCUCUGAGAGCUGGUGGUGUGUGUAGGAAGUUGGGGUGCAAGGCAGAGACCAGCAGAGGGUACCCCAUGCAGGAACCCAGACUGGCCUCAGUGGAGAAGUCAAUGUAACUUGGAGAGACAGUUGUUGAGAUGCCUUCCCCACCCCCUCAGCUCUGUCUUCACCCAUGUUCUCAAUUACCACCAACCCUGUUAGGGUCCUCUUUGGCCAAGCACCUCAUCCCUGUGUAUGCUCUGGGUGGUCAGAAUCAAGAGCCAAGCUGUUCUUGGCCCUGGUCAUAGAGGGAGGGAACCCUUCCUAGUGGGAGGUACUUGGUUCCAGUCCUCCUGGGAGGAGCAGAGAACAGGACCCAGCUGCUAUGAAGAUGGGGGCAGAGGCAUUCAGGAAACUGAGCACCCCUUGUCUGCCCUACACGGGGGAAGCUAAAAGGAAACCCCAGACAGGAGCUGACUCUUAUUUCCCCAUGCCCAAGGCAGAGAUGUUUCCUCAGUCAGCUCUGCCACCACAAGGGAACUAUAGUACAAGAGGGCCCAGUGGUUAGGGCCCCCUGGAACAUCUCCAAACCACUGAGGGGACCGUCUGUGUGAGGUGUCUGUCUGUCUGUGCGCAUGAAUGAAUUUUUUUUUAACUUUUAAAUAUGGCCUACAAGUAGUGGGCCCCCUCUGAUGAGCGUUGAUACAGCUCCAAUCACCGUGUAAAUAUGAAAGCACAAGUGACAUCACUCCCUGCAGAAUCACCUAUUUAACAAAAAAAGAAAUACCCUGUUUCUUGUGUUCUUGUGCCAUCCUGUGUCUAGCAGCAGAGGGCAGCCAGGGUGGCGGAGGGACAGGAGAUCAUUCCACAUGAGAACAGUUGGAGCUGGGAAUAUCAAGCCUAGAAGAGGGAAGGCUGGGGUGGGGGAAGAGUGGGAGGGAGGAGAUAGGGAGGCAGGUGGGGGUGAAUAAUACUUAGCAUUUAUAUGGUGCUUUAAGGUUCAAAAGCACUUCACAGAUAGGAUCCUUUGAUCCUCACUACCACCCUGGGAGGUUGGUGCUAUUAUUAUCUCAUUUUACAGAUAAGGAAACUGAGGUUUGCGACUUGCCCAGGGUCAUCACACAGUUAGUAGUUGUAUGAGGUUAGAUUUGAACACCCAUCUUCCUGCUUCCCAGUCCAGCACAUCAUUAGCUGCCUGGAUAAAUCCUUGACUUACGUUUCUUUAGUUAAUCAGUGAAUCUAUCAACAAGCUUUUGUUAAGCACCUACUAUGUGCCAGGUAAUGGGAAUACAAAGACAAAACCGAAACAGUCCAUCCCUGCCCUCAAGAAGUUUAUGUUCUGUGGAGAGCCAACAUUUAUAAGUCUAUGCAAAAUGUAUACAAAACUAAUACAGGGCGUUUGAGCAGUUUGAGCAGUUGGGGAGGGGAGAGAUCAGGGAAGGCUUCUUGUAGGAGAUCUUUGAACCCAGGUCUACUGACUCCUAGUCCAGUACCCUUUCUGCUAAUACAUGAGGAGAAAAGAAAAUGAGUUGGGGAGUUAAUGGGGGAGUCGAAGGGCCCCAUAGCCAUUGAAAGGGGAAUGGCUUCUUUCCUGUCUUCAGAGGACAAGAAACUUUUAUUUCCACCACCUUCCCUCCCCAUGGGCUUUUUUCUUCCUAUAGGGCUCCCUCUUGAUGAGUGGGGAAAGGAGGGAGGGGACAAAAAUGUAUUAAGCACCUACUGUGUGCCCGGCAUAGUGCUAAGUGCUUUACUAAUAUUACCUCAUUUGGUUUGAAAGGGGAGGAGAGGGGACUGAAGGUUUUCUUAUUCUCCCUAGUUCUGGUCCUACUAGCUUUCUCUGAGACAUGCUCUAGACUUCUGGGUUUCUUUUUCCUCUCCCUCCAAAGGAAGUGUGACCCUGAUUUCUCAGCUUCCUUAGGCUAAAUCCUGGGAAUGAUGGGGGAAAAGCGUCUCAGGGCCAAGAGCCUUAAGCAGACAAUCCAUCUGGAGAGGCAAGACCUGCAUGAAGUCAAACCAUUCCAGCUGUUGCCCCUUAGAUUUGCUGGUGUCCACACCCUCUCGUCUUUGGGACAGUGCCCUUGUCCAAGUUCCUAAGCUGGGCACAAGUCUCUUGUGGGGUCUGGGUCACACUGGCCAAGAACUAGAUCUCAGGACUGCCCAAGAUGGAGAGAGUAUCCAAAAUCAAGGUGAGCCUUGGGCAUCAGGGAGUGUCUGGUGUCUUGGCCUGAGACUCAGGAGCCCUGCUCUGGUGGGACUCCAUGUUCUAAGGAAUGUGUGUGUGUCCAAAAGACAGCAGAUGGGCCUGGCCUUGGAUGAGGGCCCCUGCCUAGGCAGGUGUGCUGUGCUGCAGAAAGUACACCUGGGAGAGCACAAGCCUGGAUGAGCUUAUCCUCUAGGUACAGAAACUGAAUGAAGGCUGGGCCCUGCCCACUCUAAUACCAGAGCUCAUUUAAUUCAACAGACUUCCCAGUGCUGGUGAUACAGAAAGUUCAGCCCCUGCCCUCAAGACGAUUGCAGUUUAGUGGGGCAAAGACAAGGAAAUAUUUAAGUAGAACAUAGGUACAACGGAAAAAGUGAUGGAUAAAGUAACAUUUCAGAGCUGUCGUGCCACAAAUCAUUGAGUUCUGCUUCUUCAUAUUACAAAAGAGGAAACAGAGGGAAAUGACAGGAGGUUGGCACAUAGUAGGUGCUUAAUAAAUGUAGAUGAUUGAUUGCCAGGACCAGGAUCUGAAACUAUUCCCAAGUUCGACGGCUCUUUUCCCUACAGCUCAAAGGAGAGGUACAAGUAUGAAUGAGAAGUUGGAGGAGAAGCAGCAACCUUCCAUUCCAGUGAACUGAUGAUAAAUCGUGAUGCCAAACUCCUAACAGGGAGGUGGUAAACCCAGGAUGCAGAAUGGGAUGCUUUUGGACAUGGCCAACACAGGAAUUUGUUUUGCUUGACUCUGCUUAUUUGUUACAAGGGGUUUUGUUUUGUUCGGGGUGGUGGAGGUGGAAAGGAGAGAAAAUAAAUUCUUAUCAAUUGACAAAUAAAAAUAAAAUUGAGGGUAAACCCCAAAAAAGGUUAUUAAAAGGGCAAACCAACUCAUUUACUGUUAGGCUUGUGUGUGCCAGUCCUCUACUGGGGAGAGGGGGAGCAAAUCCUAGGCUUCCCCAAGGGAGUCCAGCUGGGGCAAGGAAAUGGCUGAAAAGGUCCUAGCGGUUAGCUAGUCCAACUCGAUUCAUUUUGAAAGACAGAAACAGACCUGGAGAAGUGAAGGGAAUUGAGGUCACCGUGCUAGCUAGUCAAUGGCAUGGCAGAGAAGCCAAAAUCAAUAACAAAACCAGAACUUGAGAACCACAGAGCCAACAGUGCUUUUGCUGCCUUCCAGAUGAGUCACAUUUCCAGGUCUUUGAAGGGUCAUAUAGGGAAAGUGGGACCAGCAUGGGAAGAGAGGCCAUAUUGGCUAUUGAACCUGGUGAAAAAAAGAUUUACAAGCAACACCUGGUCACUGUUAAAAUAUCUAAAGGGAGGGGGCGCUGGUGAAUAAAGCACCGGACCUGAAUUCAGGAGGACCUGAGUUCAAAUCCGGCCUCAGACACUUGACACUUACUAGCUGUGUGAACCUGGGCAAGUCACUUAACCCUCAUUGCCCCGAAAAAAAAAUCUAAAGGGAUAGAGGUAUUCUGUGUGACCCCAGAGGGAAGAACCAGGGGGCAGUAAGGGGUGGGAGCCCAGAUAAAUAGGUACACGGUACAGAGUCAACAAGCAUUUACGUACCAGGUAUUCAGUUAAAAUUCUGGAAAUGAAAACACUAGUACAUAGAGACAGUCCCUACCGUCAAGGAGCUUACAUUCUAGUGGGGAAACACAAAGGGAUAAUGAAUGGGGGUGGGGGCAGGGCAGAGAAAGUAAUGAGAGGAAUAAGGUAAGUUUCAACUCAAUGUGAUGAAGUUUCUAUGACUCAAUGGCUAUCUCAUGAAGUAGUGAGCUCAUCAUAGAUCAUUCUGGGUCCAAGCAGGGAAUGGGUGGCCAAGUCAAGGAGACCAUAAAAGGGGAUUUCUGUGCUGCGAGGGAGGUUGGUCUAAAUAGCCUCUGAGGUCCCCUAGCUCCGUUUCACCUGCAGGUGGGAGAUGAGAGGUGAAAGAAGAUCCUGGCCUCUUCGAUGACUUUUAACUUGCAUUGAGGGAAGACUAGUUAUUCUUCCUCCACACUUUUAGGUGAGAGGAUUUCCAAAAAUAUGGGAACUUUAAACUUCCUGGAGCCUGAUUUGAAUUCUAGCAUUGGGUCAGGGUUCAGAUUUGGAUCUGUACCCAAAUGCCACCCUGCUCCCAGGAACCUUGGGGAACUAGUGUUUGGGGUUAGGAGAGAUGAGAGAAAGGACCCUAUCUUUGUCUCCAUUAAGGAGUGAGGCUCAGCACUGCUCAGGGUAUCCCAGGAGUUCAUGGAGAGCAACACACAUUUGAAAAUAAGUUUAUAUCACUAAAGGGAGCUGAAAGACCAAGUUUAAUCACAUUUCAAUAUUGGGGAAAGUGGAACCCAGAGAGAUUAAGACCACCUUGGGGCAGCUAGAUGACGCAGUGGAUAGAGCACUGGCCCUGGAUUCAGGAGGACCUGAGUUCAAAUCCGGCCUCAGACACUUAACACUUACUAGCUGUGUGACCCUGGGCAAGUCACUUAACCCCAAUUGCUUCAGCAAAAAAAAAAAAAAAAAAAAAAAGAUUACCUUAAGUCAAAAAAGUGGUAAAAUUCAGAGUAAGGUUAUUAAACCCAGGUCUGUUCCAAACCCAGAUCAUUUUCCAAUAUUCUCUCUUCUCUGCCUUCCAUCUACCUCCCCUAUGCUGUGCCCUCCUGCCCUAUCGCUGACUCACAAUGAGAGGAUGGAUUUGGAAUCAAAGGACUGGAGUUCAAAUCCUGGUUCUUGCCACUUCUUAGCUGUGUGACCUUGAGCUGCUGGUCACCCACUUUUCUCU